AGAAAGUCGCGGCGGCGGCGGCGUGGUCGUGGUGGACAUGUCAGCCUCGGGGAGGUCGUGUUAAACCCGUCACAGGUGUCCGCUCGCUCUUUGUGACGUCGACGCUCUGUGCGUGACCGACAGCCGACUGUUUCGCGUACGGGAAGGCUGUAAGAAGAAGAACGCCCGUAUUCGGAAUUCCGCCGUCACGAGCAAUGGCGAGGCGUAAAAGGCGCAACAACCCGCCCGAGCAUUGCGCUUGAAGCCCCCCAGCCCGGAGCGUCGCUCAAACACGCGAGCCGCUUCCUGCGCCACGACGACAUGGACAGCCCGGGCACCGAGAACCCCGGCAGGGCUGCGGAGUAUUUACAAGAGCUCAACAAGAUCAUCGAGACACAGCGAGAGUUGCUGGAGAGGCAACGGGCGCGGAUCGAGGAGCUGGAGCGGCAAGUGUGCGACUUGUGCACGGAGAACGUGUGCCUGAAGGAGCGAUACCAGCGGCACCUGGCGAGCUGCAGGCUGCUGCAGGGCGCCGACAGCCCGCACUCGCUCGGGGCCAUCCACGAGCAUGACAAGUCUGAUGGCGAUGUGUCCAGGAUGAUCAGGAGACAUGCCUCCCUGCCUGUCCAAGUUACAGAGACUUCUGGGAGCAUAGUGACUGCUGGCAGCAGAGGAGUCAUCCCAUGUCGCAAGUGGAAGUCUGCUUCCUUUGGUGUGGAAGGGGACGGACGGUCCAACGAGAGCGGCCCUGCCUUGGAUGCAGACGCAGGUUAUGGGCCGGGCCCGGUGACUCACGGUUCAGGCAUCAGCCCUGACCGUUUUGAUAGCUCCCCCUACAGCCACGGGGUUCAACCUGGGCCUCAGAGACCCCGUCGGCCUAAGCUCCAGCACUCACAGUCCAUCCUUCGGAAGCAGGCGGAGGAGGAGGCCAUCAAGCGCUCUCGCUCGCUCUCAGAGAGCUAUGAGCUGUCUGCUGACCUCCAGGAUAAACAGGUGGAGAUGCUCGAGCGCAAAUAUGGCGGACGAUUCAUAACUCGGCAUGCGGCUCGUACGAUCCAAACUGCCUUCCGACAGUAUCAGAUGAACAAAAAUUUUGAACGUCUCAGGAGCUCUAUGUCUGAAAAUCGCAUGUCCAGACGCAUCGUUCUCUCCAACAUGAGGAUGCAGUUGUCAUUUGAGGGUGCAGAGAAAAUGCACAGCUCCUACUUUGAAGGGAGACAGGUGUCUAUGACGGAGGAUGGCGCCCCUCUGUCCAUGUUGCAGUCUGAAUGUGGGGAUAUACAGGUCCACCAGCAGGCCAAUAUGGCGUCUCAUCCACCCGCACAGGGUGAUCUGACAGACGCCAUCACGGAACUAGAGGACGCCUUCUCCAGGCAGGUGAAAUCCCUGGCAGAGUCAAUAGAUGAUGCACUGAACUGCCGCAGCCUUCAAGGGGAUGAAGGUCCGGACCCUGAGGUGGAGAGGGACGUUCCCUAUCAGGUGAAGUCCCACCGCAGAGCAGCUGGACAAAUCCAUGAUGACUCAAUGGCAUCUUAUAGUGAUGUCACUCUGUUCAUCGAUGAGGAUGACAUGUCGCCUCCCAUUGCUCUGUCAAGGUCGGGAGAGCAGCCCGCUGGCGCAGAAUUGGACAUGCGCUUGCGGUCAGUCAAUUCCUCCCAGGACUACUGGCCUAUUGACCCUAAAGAUGAGGGUCGCGACACGGACACGAGCUGCCGCAGCACUCCUUCUCUGGAAUGCCAAGAGCAGCGUCUGAGAAUGGACCAUCUUCCUUUGUUGACUAUAGAACCUCCGAGCGACAGCUCGGUGGACCUAAGCGAUCGCUCCGAUCGGGGCUCAGUCAAAAGGCCGCCUGUGUACGAGCCGCACAGCCACAUUGUAACAUCAUCCCAGGCAAGUCCCAAACAUAUUUCCCAUGGACCCCCGCCAAGAGCGGCCUCCCGCGAUGAGGAUGCCCCUCUACGUCACCGCCACCGCCAGCUGGAGAGCCACCUAGCUAUCAACGGCUCAGCUAACCGGCAGAGCAAGUCAGAGUCUGACUUUUCGGAUGGCGACAAUGACAGCAUCAACAGCACCUCUAACUCGAACGACACUAUCAACUGCAGCUCUGAGUCCUCGUCGAGGGACAGCCUGCGAGAACAGACGCUCAGCAAGCAGACCUACCACAAAGAGACCCGCAACAGCUGGGAUUCGCCCAUCUUUAGCAACGAUGUGAUUCGCAAGAGACAUUAUCGCAUCGGCCUGAAUCUCUUCAACAAGAAGCCAGAGAAGGGCAUCCAGUACUUGACCGAGAGGGGCUUCAUCCCUGACACACCGGUUGGUGUGGCUCACUUCUUGCUGCAAAGGAAAGGCCUGAGCCGGCAGAUGAUCGGAGAGUUCCUAGGAAACCGACAGAAACAGUUCAAUAGGGAUGUUUUGGACUGUGUGGUAGAUGAAAUGGACUUUCAGAGCAUGGAGCUGGAUGAAGCCCUCAGGAAAUUUCAGAACCACAUCCGUGUCCAGGGAGAGGCCCAGAAGGUGGAGCGACUCAUUGAAGCCUUCAGCCAGCGCUACUGUAUCUGCAACCCUACAGUGGUGCGGCAGUUUAGGAACCCUGACACGAUCUUCAUCCUGGCCUUUGCAAUCAUCCUCCUCAACACAGACAUGUACAGCCCCAACGUCAAACCUGAGAGGAAGAUGAAGCUAGAGGAUUUCAUCAAGAACUUAAGAGGUGUGGAUGAUGGUGAGGAUAUACCCAGGGAGACUCUCGUUGGAAUCUAUGAGAGGAUCCGUAAACGGGAACUGAAGACCAAUGAAGACCAUGUGUCACAGGUCCAGAAGGUUGAGAAGCUCAUAGUUGGGAAGAAACCAAUCGGAUCACUGCAUCAUGGACUGGGAUGUGUUCUAUCACUCCCCCAUCGCCGCUUGGUGUGUUACUGCCGCCUCUUUGAAGUGCCAGAUCCAAACAAGCUCCAGAAGCUGGGCCUGCAUCAGCGGGAGAUCUUCCUGUUCAAUGACCUCCUUGUGGUGACAAAGAUCUUUCAGAAGAAGAAGAACUCAGUCACAUACAGCUUCAGACAGUCCUUCUCUCUCUAUGGGAUGCAAGUCAUGCUGUUUGAAAACCAGUAUUACCCAAAUGGAAUCAGACUUACGUCAGCCAUCCCAGGUGCGGACAUCAAAGUCCUCAUCAACUUUAAUGCGCCCAACCCCCAGGACCGCAAAAAGUUCACAGACGACCUGCGAGAGUCCAUUGCUGAGGUUCAGGAAAUGGAGAAAUACAGAAUAGAGUCCGAGCUUGAGAAGCAGAAGGGAGUGGUGAGGCCCAGCAUGUCGCAGAGCUCCGGCUUGAAGAAAGAGACUGGAAAUGGCAGCAUGAACCGCGCAAGUCUGGAUGACACCUACGCCAUGGGCGAAGGGCUGAAGAGGAGUGCCCUCAGCAGCUCCCUGCGAGAUCUCUCCGAAGCAGGCAAGCGGGGGCGUCGCAGCAGUGCAGGAUCACUAGACAGCAAUAUGGAAGGGUCCAUCAUUAGCAGCCCGCACACGCGCCGAAGAGCCACCACCCCGCGUGAGGGCACGUCCCGCGAGCAUCCCUCCCUCCCCAACUCUGCAUCCACCUCCAUUCUGGGCUCGCUGUUCGGUAGCAAAAGAGGCAAACCGUCCUCCCAGAGCCACGGCCCUUACCCCCCGCCUGGCCACCCCACGCUCAUAUCCCACAAGCCCCACCCAACCAACCUGCACCACACGGCACAGGUGGUGCACGGCGUGCAGGUGCCGCACCACAGCCACCACCCGCAGUACUGCCAAGUCCCUCAGAACCCGCCGCCUUAUCACCACCAUCACCACUACCACCCCCCGCCCCACACGCAGUACCACAAGCACCCCACCUACUCCUCACACGUGCAUCAGCACACCCAGCACAGCCACUACAGCCAGCAUUCUCAUCACACCUCCCACUCCCAGCACGCGCCCCAUCACCACAGUACCCAGCAAGCAGGCACGGCACCCGGCGGACCCAAAACCAAACACAGUGGCAUCAGCACCGUAGUGUGAUGGCAUGACGGAAAGGAGGCCACCGCAAACAAGGGACUGUUUCUGACACCAAAGGGACUGA